GAAAGAGACAGAGAGAGACACAUUCAGAAUAAAACUAAACUCUAUUUUUGACUGUUUAUUGACAGGUUAUAGAAAACGCUUUUACAGUAACUUCCCUAGAGCACACACACAUCACUACACCGUGCAGCUGAGCAGAGAGUUCAGAGUUUAGAUGAAGAGGGUGGAGAUCAGAGGAACCAUCACGAUGAGGAGACUCAGCUUGACCCCCUCAGCACCGUUACACAGAUCAGUGUCACAGCACUUCAUUCCUUUUUUCUCACACUCAGACUUGGUUACACACCCUUUCGUCAUGUUUUUCUGGCCACCGCUUUCAAAUAGAACAAGAACUAUGAGCUUAAAUUUCAUUUCAAGUCAUCAGGUAAUGAAGUAAAAUGAAUGUGAUUUGAAUGAAAGCAUGACUUCAUCAGGCACUGAACACCUCGGGAAACCGUGACCCAUGGUAACAGUUUUUGGGAGGUUCUGAAAAGUCUUUCGAAAACUUAGAUCUGAUUCGGAUCUAACCCACCUCUGCUUUCAUUACACUUUGAGCCUAUCAAAUGUACCAACGAUGAGGCUGAAAAUAACACUGGCACUCAUCUGUGUGCUCUCCUCAAAAGGUAAGAAACAUGAUUCACAGAACAUUAUGGAAAGUUUUAUAUGUAGUGAAUUUCUCGUAGUUAAUGAAGUGUUCAAUCAGUUUGGCUUCUCUAGACGAGUAUAAUUUAACCAAGGCGCUGUGGCAGUGUUGUUAGAGUUUUUUUAGAUUAGACAUUUUUAGUAUAAUAUUAUUAUUAUUAUUAUUGUUUUUAUUUAUUUAUUUAUUUUAUAUAUCUUUUGUUUUGAAGGGGAAUGUUUGAGGAGAUCAAUGAAUGUUACUCGUCCCUUCUGAACUGUUGGUUUUUAUCCCUGAUCAUGCUAGCACUAGCACUGAAAUGGUAUCAGUGUAAACCAGGGCUGUCUGGAACAUGCACAGACACCCAAACGGACUGUCCAGAUCUGUGUGCCAGCAUGACCGCCAUCAUGAAUGCUGGCGGUCUAGAAUAUACGAGAAAAUGGAAGGCUUGUGCAGCUGCAGGGCAGUGUGUCGCUGGGAGCCUAAACCUGGGAGUUGUGAAUGUGACCAUCAAUUCAAUUCACUGCAGCACUGCUGUCUGCUACAGCCAGAACGUGCCAGCUUUGCCACAACAGUCUGCAAAUGGGAUGAAAUGUUACGCCUGUGCUGAGAAUGGCUGCUUAGAAACCAUGAGCUGUAAGGGAGAUGAAGAUCGCUGCAUCAGCACCACAGCUAUUGCUGAUGGUGUUCAAACAUCUAUGAAAGGAUGUGUGAGCAGAAGUCUCUGUACUGCAGACGCAUGGAGCAUGUAGACAGCUGGAGUCACUGGCAGCGUGAGCUGCUGUGAGGGGAAUCUGUGUACCAGUGCUGAGGGGGUUAAACUGAAUCUCCUCAUCAUGCUGAUCUUCAUCCUCUUUCUUGGAACUCUCUGCUGUUUAAUCACCUUCUUAAUUCAAUUAUUGUUCUGUCAUUCGAAACUUGCUAUACAAGUCUGCAGGAACUAUGCUCUUAUAAAUGUUAAAGAUGUUAAGUUAAGAAACCUCUUAUUCCACCGGAAAUCUUCUAACUCUCCUUCCUGCACAGCUUGGCUGAUCUCAUUCAUCAUUAGUGACAGUAAUUCAGUAUUUCUCCUUUUUACACGUAGGUAAAAAAAAAACAUAGGUAUAUAUUGAGGGAAUAUAUAGCCCAAUUUAUAAAAUAUGGCAAACAUUAAUAACACUAGCUGACUCUCUGCCCUCUCCUAAACCUCAGGAUGAAGACUGAUGUUAUAAGAUGUUCAUCCAUUCAAAUGUCCCAGUUUUAUUUUAUUUUAUUUUUACUAUAUUACAUUUUAUUUAAUUUUUUUUGUGUGUGUGUUUCGCUCUUUGGUGUUGUGGUUGGUUUUGCUGAGCUUAACAUUCAAAUAGAAAUGAUAAUAACAAUAGUAAUAAAACAUAAAAUGUACCCUAA